GCUGGUCAUCUAGGCGUUAGCUAAUGGCGAUCCUCAUAAUAAAUACAAAUACUAAAUGGUCUCCUGUAUGGAAGUCAGACAUGCUCCACUCCCUUUCACCACCCCCACCUCACAACCUUACUUCCUGCCUUGAUGCAUGACGGGCACACUACUUCCUGCACUGCUACUGCACGUUGGCAUUGGAUGUGUACAUUGUGUUCACAUGAUAUGAAAUGUAUGACAUAAAAUGUCUAACAUUGCCAAAAUACAGGGAGGACAAGUUGCUGGCAAACCACCCACUGUUUGAUCUUCCCUUGGAACAUGGCAGACUAAGAUCCAUUUUGUGUACAAUGACAUCACAUUUUACUCUCCUUUUUUCAGAAAAUCGUAAACAACCACCAUACUAUCCAACUAGGCAGUCUGCCUUACCUCACGUACCAAGUGGCCAGGGACACAAUAUAGGCAUCUUAAUAGUAGUGGUCUGCAUAGUCCUUAUCAUCGGCAUUAUGUUAGUUACUGCCACCAAAUUCAAUGGUCCAAAACUCAAGAGGUUGUUUGAAAGGAGAACACCACUGGCAGCAGUUGACAUCCACGCAAAUAUGUACGCUAACGCAAUUGCCCAAUACUACAAUCAGCGAUCUGACGUGCCCCCACCUGAUAAACAGGGCGAAGGGGAUGACAAGGAGAUCUCAAGUAGCUCGGAUGAUGCGUUUGAGGAGUUGCCUGUUCGCCCAAAGAGGUCCUCCAUGAAGAAGGAAACCGACUACGUCAGGGUUAAACCUGGAGGAGCAACUCGGUCUCUGGAUGCCAAUGCUUUGCUAAAGGACAGCAAUGUGUAUGGUUUGGGUAGAAAAGGGGAUGACAAGGAGAUCUCAAGUAGCUCGGAUGAUGCGUUUGAGGAGUUGCCUGUUCGCCCAAAGAGGUCCUCCAUGAAGAAAGAAACUAGCCCAAAGAGGUCCUCCAUGAAGAAGGAAACUGGCCAGAGGUCCUCAAUGAAGAAGGAAACAGACUACGUCAGGGUUAAACCUGGAGGAGCAACUCGGUCUCUGGAUGCCAAUGCUUUGCUAAAGGACAGCAAUGUGUAUGGUUUGGGUAGAAAAGGUGAGGUGGGAUACACCAGCAAGACAAAGACAGACAAAGUGCCGAAAAAAACAGGGUGAGGUUGGUGCUCAGAGUAGCUCAGGGCGCAGGGACAACAAGGAGGAUGACGAUGACUAUGAAGUCAACUACAUCCAUGUGACCAUCAAACCCAAACACUGACUCAAGUAGCUACAGGAACUGUAGGUGUGUUGAUGAGUUAAGAUAAUUGAAUUAUUGCUGGAUUGAAAUUUCAAGCUUUCUAACCAGGUAGAGCAGGCCUGGCUCUCUUUUUGAUGUUGACCCUUAAAUAUUCCAGGGACCCUCAACCAGUCACGAUGUGCUGUACGCAAAUUUGCCUUUCCUAGGCUACAUUUACACUACUACGUUUUGGUUUAAAAACAAAUAUCUUUUGCUACGUUUACGCCUCACGUUCACAGUACUCCGGUGUUUCUGAUCCCCUGAAACUGGGACAUUUGGAAACACUGCUGCCCCCGUUUUGGUUUGAAAACUCCGGGGUUGCGUUGUAGUCUGGACGGGCACAGACGGAGACCUUUGGAAACGAGGAAGCAUGUCCAACAGUCAGGUUAGGUAGGCUUACAGUUCCACCUCGUUGUCGGUCCAAGCUAAGAAAUCCCUGCUCUUUUUUUUUUCUCCAAAGUAUUUUUUGCAUUUUCAACUUCUACAUCCAUGAUUUUCAACCGCAGAGUAACGUCAGACAACCUGCUUCCUGUUAACACUGGCCCGCCAAUGCCCGAUAAUUUUUUGUUGUUGUAGUGUAGAUGUAGCCCUAGGACGGCCAAGGCAUGGCCAGCUACUCUGUCUCUGAUUGGCUAGUAUUCAAUGCCUUUGUUCGUUUGAUUGGUUAGAUUAAGGCAUGAGGAUUGAAAUUAGUUAAGGUUAGGGUAAGAAUAACAGGGUAAACCAAUCAGAGGCAGAUUAAGGCAGAGUAGGGUUAGGGUUAACCCGGGACAUGCCUCUGCCAUCCUAGGAAAUGCAAAUUUGCUCAGUUCUGUAGCAUUUGAAAUUGCAUUAGUCAGACAGCUAAGCAAUCUCAGUAGGACACGCAUUGAACUCAGGCUCGUACACAGGAGGGGUAGAGUGAUCACAGUGGGGCAAUGAGGCUCUUUCCAAGCGGACUUAGAAGUUAUUUAUUGCUGUCGGGGUAUAGAGACCAUUUCAAACACUAUAUAAAAAAGUGUGUAUUGGAAAUAAUUACCAAGCCUGCCUAUAAAAGCACUGGGGAUUUUGGAGGAAGUCUCUGAUCUUGUAGUUUCCCAAACCACUAAAUGUUACUAAAUAGACAUAUUUAUUUUUUGGGCUUUUAUUGCCUUUAU